GUGUUGCUUCUAGCUGGAACCAACUGCGCAAUCAUCUCGCUUCUCGAAAGCUUCUUUACGCGCAGCGCAGCCUUCGCUUGGGCCCAAGGUCAUUUCAAAGUUUCUUUGCACAGGCGCUUCGUCCCGAGAUCGCUUUGCCUUUGCGCUGACACGCUGCGCCGCUACAUCCCAUCCCAAGUCUGUCGAUCAGGGACGGCGUUGGCGUGCCCCGGUCCCCAGCCGCCACACCGUUUGCCCCUAGAGUUUGACACUGGUUCGCUUCGCUCUUAAGGAACGGGGGAGCCGGACUCUUUCAGCCAUGAGACAGACUCUCUUCUACACCUCGCUCCUGUCGACACUGCUCGUCGCACCGGCAUCAGCUCUCCCAGCUUUCUCUUCCGGCCCCAAACCGGCCCCGCAUUAUUACCAACCGGAUCUCAGACGCUCGGAAACAGCAGCACACAUGGCCAGACAAGCAGCCGAUAGAAGCGGCCGCUGGCGGCCCCAGAUCCAUUUCUCACCACCCUCCGAAUGGCUCAAUGACCCAAACGGCCUCUUUAUCGAUUCCGAAGGCGUGUGGCACAUGUAUUACCAAUAUGCCGAUAACGUCGCUGGUGACGGUGUCAAGCAUUGGGGCCACACGACGGCCACCAAUUUCUACGACUGGGUUGACCACCCUGUCGCCAUCCCGGCCACCGCACGCGACGGUUCCAUAUGGUCAGGAAGCGUCGUCGUCGACCGCAACAACUCAUCAGGCUUCUUUCCUUCCAACAAAACCAGCGGCAAUGACAACAUCAUCGCCUACUACACCUCGUGGGAGCCGGAUCAAGAGUCCCAGCACGUGGCCUGGUCCUACGACGGCGGCCAAACGUUUAACCAGUAUGCGGGCAACCCCAUCAUCUCGCUCAACAGGCACGGGUUCCGCGACCCCAAGGUCUCCUUCCACCACGAGACAAACACGUGGGUCAUGGUCUUGUCCCGGGAGAGCGAGGUCGCCUUCUACACCUCCAAGGACCUGGUGAAGUGGGAUCAGUCGUCCAUCUGGAACCCGCAACGCAAUAUCGGCCUCAUCGAGUGUCCCCAGUUCCUGCAGAUCCCGCGAAAGGACAAGUCCGGCAGCGUCGUUGGCGCCAAGUGGGUUCUGACGCUCAGCCUGGGAGGCGGCGGCCCCGGCGGCAGCGCUGCUGUCAGGUACCUCACCGGUGACUUUGACGGCACCACCUUCACGCCCGACGCGCCCUCCGGUCGCGCCGCGGGGAGGGACCUCCACGCGCGCCAGGACACCUUCACCCUGUACGACUUUGACUUCGGCCCCGACAAGUACGCCACCGCCUUCUUCCACUCCCAGCACCUCAACGACGCUGCCGAGGAUGCAUACUCGGUCGCCUGGGCCGUUGACGCGAGCCAGUACGCCUGCUGCACGCCGACCGACCAAGAAGGCUGGCGUCACUGCAUGGGCGGCGUGCGCCGCCACUGGCUCGACGCCAGCACCAACAGGCUCAUGUCGGUGCCGGCAGGCGACCUCUCCAAGCUCCAGACGACGAAGCCCGGCUGGAACCCCAUCGUCGAGGAGAAGGGCGUCUCGGGCCUCGAAGGCAGCAGCGCCGUCAUCCGGGACUACAACCCCGCCGUCGAGUGGACGCUGACCGUCCGCAUGGCCAAGUCCCUGCUGACGGAGGGCUCGACCGCUUCGGCCCAGCUAGUGUUCAAGGCCUCCCAGUCCGCCGGCAACGAGUCCGUCUCUCUCGGCCUCCAGUUCGUCGGCAGCUCUGGCAGCGGCGCCCCCUCGGCGAGCGUUAACAUCGGCCGCGUCAGCACGGCAUGGGACCGGGCCGGCACUUUUGCCGUCUCCGGCGUCCAGGCCCUCGACGCCGCUUCGGGGGAAGGCGCCGACCCCAAGGUCGAGUUCACGCUGCACGGCAUCCUCGACCGCUCCCUCCUCGAGGUCUACGUCAACGGCGGCGUCGAGGCCGGCACCAUGCUCUACUUCACCGACAAGCCUCUCGACAGCAUUACUCUCACCCGCGGCUCCGGCACCAGCGACCAGGGCAUCACCUUCGACUUCAAGGCUACCGCGCUCAAGAGCUCGUGGGGCACGUACGAGGAGAAGACCGUUCCCCAGAAGGACAAGUGGAUCACGGAGGAGUUGUAAUGAGAGGCCCUGCUUCCGUUAGCACGCUGCGGUCCGCGGUGCUGGACGGGCUUGAUGACGGUGAUCUCCUUCGCGGAUUUUUGUUGUGGGGGGGCUCAUGAGACCGCUUCUGAGCCCCCUGGUGAUAUAGGAGUAUAUUUCUUUUUUUCUACGAAGGGCUUCGACGCCCAUCUGCAUGAGGCAUGACACAUGGCACACGAGAUGAGAUCCCUCGAGCGUGAAGGGAGAUUUAUAUUUAUCCGAGUACAUAAUCCACCCGUAUUGCUAGCUGGUAUCCAUA